UGACGCGGGCGUGACCCUGCCCGGGAGGGUUUGGCGGGAUUUACGAAACUGCCUGGGCAGAGCGCGCACUGUGACUGGGGCUGAGGCCUGAGGGGAGCAGAGGCGUCCCCCCCGGCGCGUAGUUGGGAGCUGAAACUCGCUUGAGUUGUGUGCAGAAGGUCGGAGCAAAGGAGGAGAGAAGUGGGGCGCCAGCGAGGGCGUCUGGAGUCCGUCCAGGGGCGGGCGCCUGCCGGGCCAGCGGGCGGAGGUCGGAGCGGGCAUCCCGCCGCCGCCGGGAGAGCUGCGGCCCAGUAUUGAACGCUGAGUAAUGGCUAUGCAGAUGCAGCUUGAAGCAAAUGCAGAUACUUCAGUGGAAGAAGAGAGCUUUGGCCCACAACCUAUUUCACGAUUAGAGCAAUGUGGCAUAAAUGCCAAUGAUGUGAAGAAAUUGGAAGAAGCUGGAUUCCAUACUGUGGAGGCUGUGGCCUAUGCACCGAAAAAGGAGCUAAUAAAUAUUAAGGGGAUUAGUGAAGCCAAAGCUGAUAAAAUUCUGACUGAGGCAGCUAAAUUAGUUCCGAUGGGUUUUACCACUGCAACUGAGUUCCACCAAAGGCGAUCAGAGAUCAUACAGAUUACUACUGGCUCCAAAGAACUGGACAAACUACUUCAAGGAGGAAUUGAAACUGGAUCCAUCACAGAGAUGUUUGGAGAAUUCCGAACUGGGAAGACCCAGAUCUGUCAUACAUUGGCUGUAACAUGCCAGCUUCCCAUUGACCGGGGUGGAGGUGAAGGAAAGGCCAUGUACAUUGACACCGAGGGUACCUUUAGGCCAGAGCGGCUGCUAGCAGUGGCUGAGAGAUAUGGCCUCUCUGGCAGUGAUGUCCUAGAUAAUGUAGCAUAUGCUCGUGGGUUCAACACAGACCACCAGACCCAGCUGCUUUAUCAAGCAUCAGCUAUGAUGGUAGAGUCCAGGUAUGCACUGCUGAUUGUGGACAGUGCCACCGCCCUCUACAGAACAGACUAUUCCGGUCGAGGUGAACUGUCAGCCAGGCAGAUGCACUUGGCCAGGUUUCUGCGGAUGCUUCUGCGACUUGCUGAUGAGUUUGGUGUAGCUGUGGUAAUCACCAACCAGGUGGUAGCCCAAGUGGAUGGAGCAGCCAUGUUUGCUGCAGAUCCUAAAAAACCUAUUGGAGGAAAUAUCAUUGCUCAUGCCUCAACAACCAGACUGUACCUGAGAAAAGGAAGAGGGGAAACCAGAAUCUGCAAAAUCUAUGACUCUCCCUGUCUGCCUGAAGCUGAAGCUAUGUUUGCCAUCAAUGCGGAUGGAGUGGGAGACGCCAAAGACUGAAUCAUUGGGUUUUUCCCGUGAUAAACCUGAGUGCUGCAGCCUCACGGAGAAGACUGCUCCCUGGGGUUCUUCGCAGGCCUCUUCCUGUUGUGACUGCCAGAAAAAGGGCAUCCGGGAACACAGCUAUUGUAUCAGCUUUUCUGAUGGAGUAAACAGGAGACAGUCAGUAGUCACAAACUGAUCUGAAAUGUCUGUUCCUUCUCUAGAGAGUGUGCUAAUCUCUAUGUGAAUUCUUUGGUUGGGGGUGGGGGUGGGGGAUACCUCUGACAUAGUGCCUUGAGGUUGACGUGGGACUAACAGCUGGACAAUCUGGUGUCUCUAAGAGAACUAAAGCUGGGAAGACCUAACUCUUCUCUCACUGUCUGAAUAAUGAAAAAAUGUCUGAGCAACAGGGCAAAGGGGAUGGGUCUCCUCACAGGUUCUUUUUCUCUGUUGUAAAUCUGUCAAUAAAUCUGCCAAUCAGGCAGGUUUUUAAGUU